CACUGUCAAAAUAGGCAUGCAAAUAUUCUACAAGCGGAAUUAUUGGUUUAAAGCAUUAAAAUUGUUACUAAAUACUUAUAUUUCAUUUUUAUACGCAAUUAGCAAAACAUGUUACAGUGUUUAUGGUGUCUGUAAAAUAUUUAAGUGUUUAAUUUGAGUUACAAUCUAGAACUUAUUUUGCUAAGAUGGCUCCCUCUAGUUGCUGAAGUGUCAACUAUACGUGUGUCGUCCAUGUUCCGAAUGUGGUGUGACUUAUUUUUGUUUUGUGUUAAUUUUCAAUACGUUAAAAUAAAUGUGAAAUGCAACAGUAUGUGUCAUUUCAUAUAGUGGAACCUUGCUCCGGCUGAAUGGAUCCCGCCGUGGCGUGGUAUCAGCCCGAGCAGGAAGGACCCGCGAAGCGCCUGUGGCUUCGUAUCUGGGAAACUCAAAGUGAUAUAGACAAAAUGAACUUGAAAAACUUAGAAAACGCUAACCCUAAUGUGAAUAAAGCACAGGACUUUAUACCAAUAAAUGAUGUGAACGGUGAAAGUAGGAAUAAUAAUUAUUUCAACCCCGCGCGGAGGAAAAUGAACGAUAACCGCGCAUCGACGUUUAACCUGAACAAAAACCACGAUGCUCUCAUUGGUGAAUACGGGGGUUGUCCGUGGCGGAUGGCUAACUAUAACUAUAAGCCAGGGAUUUUAGGGUUGCAUGAAGAAAUCGAGCACUUCUACCUGUACAUGUCCCCGACGGAGACGGAGCACCUGGUGCGGUCGACGGUGGUGACCCGUAUCCGCGGCGCCAUCAUGGCGCUGUGGCCGCAAGCACGAGUCGAGGUGUUCGGCUCGUUCCGCACCGGCCUCUACCUACCCACCAGCGACAUUGAUCUAGUUGUCAUCGGUGAGUUCAGUCAGUGGGAGAAGCUACCGCUGUGGACGCUGGAGCGCGAGCUGGUGGUACAAGACAUUGCCGAGAAGGAGAGCAUCAAGGUGCUGGAGAAGGCCACCGUGCCCAUCGUAAAGAUGACAGACAAAUACUCAGACGUAAAAGUGGAUAUAUCAUUCAACAUGAGCAGCGGAGUCAAGAGCGCAGAGCUCAUCAAGCAGUUCAAGGAGAAGUACCCAGUACUGACGCGGCUGGUGAUGGUGCUGAAGCAGUUCCUGCUGCAGCGCGACCUGAACGAGGUGUUCACCGGCGGCAUCUCCUCGUACUCCUUAAUCCUCAUGUGCAUCAGCUUCCUGCAGCUCCACCCGCGGCCCGAGCGCCUGCGCCAGCCGCACAACCUCGGCGUGCUGCUCAUCGAGUUCUUUGAGCUGUACGGCCGCAAGUUCAAUUACGUCAAGACUGCUAUACGGGUCAAGAACGGAGGCUCCUAUGUCUCCAAGGACGAGAUACAGAAGGAGAUGAACGACGGUCACCGGCCGUCGCUCCUGUGCAUCGAGGACCCGCUGACGCCGGGCAACGACAUCGGACGCUCCAGCUACGGAGCGAUACAAGUGAAGCAGGCGUUCGACUACGGCUACAUCAUCCUGCAGCAGGCCGUGGGCGGCCACAGCGCGCUGCUGGCGCGGCACAGCGUGCUGGGCCGCAUCGUGCGCGUCACGGACCACGUGCUGCAGUACCGGCGCUGGGUGCGCGACACCUUCGAGUCCUACUUCUUCCCGCUGCGCCGCGCGCACCUCUCCUCGCGCGAGCCCUCGCCCGAGCCCUCCGACAGCGAGCCGGAGUGGUCAGACAGCGGGUCUCGCGCGGCAGGUAGCCCGCCCAUCAUCGCGGCAGUAGCGGGCCCGGCGCCCCCCGGCGCCCCCGCGCCCCCUGCGGUCGGCGGCAGGACGUCGCCACCGCCUCUGUCGGCGCUGCAAUGCUCGUCGCCCACGCCCAGGCGCGUGUCGGCGCACCAGAGCCUGAUCAUCCACCACAUCACCAGCAACUCGGACUUCAACAACAUUCCGAGCCUCGCCCGCUCGCGCCGCGCCACGCGCGCCGAGCCCGAGGAGUUCAACGCGGGCGCCGUGCAGCGGUACGGCGAGGGCGGCGCCAAGGGACGCAACCAGCGCUCCUUCUCCAUGAAGCAGCGCCGCUACUCGUCCCCGCCCGGCGCCUGCGCCGCCGCGCCCCGCUACCGCGCGCCCCCGGACCGCCACAAGAAGCGGCGCGGCUCGCACGCGCACCACGCGCACCCGCGCUCAUAGCGCCAGUGGCGGCCGCCGCGCCCCCCGCGCCCCGCGCGCCCCGCGCGCCCCCAGCGCCUCAACGCGGCGAUCGACUACUACGCCACCUCACAUCGGGGACCUCACUCUACAUUCGCCCUAUUUACGGAAUUCUAAACUACUUUACACAACAUUGUUUUAUCCUUUCAAAUUGUAGUGCCUAAUUAUUUUCAGUUUCCAAGAGACUGCAAUAUUGUUGAUGCAAGUAUGCAAUAACAUGAACGAUAUCAUUCGAUGUCAUUGCCUUUGGUCGUUCAUGUUAUUACGCAAAGCAAAGUAACCAAACCGUCCACCUUCCGACAGCUAGUUGAUCUCAGAACAGUUAUUGCCUUGUACAGCCAGUAGUUACGUCCCCAGUGAGUGUCAGUGUAGUAGUGUGCGAGUGACUCAGUGUGGUGGUGAGUGGACAGGAGUAUGUGGAGCGUCGGGCAGCUAGUGUGAGCGUACGCCAUACUGUAUGUAGUGAGUGUACUGUAGUGUGAGCGUACGUCAUACCGUAUAUAGUGUGAGCGUACGCCAUACUGUAUGUAGUGAGUGUACUGUAGUGUGAGCGUACGUCAUACCGUAUAUAGUGUGAGCGUACGCCAUACUGUAUGUAGUGUGAGUGUACUGUAGUGUGAGCGUACGUCAUACCGUAUAUAGUGUGAGCGUACGCCAUACUGUAUGUAGUGUGAGUGUACUGUAGUGUGAGCGUACGUCAUACCGUAUAUAGUGUGAGCGUACGCCAUACUGUAUGUAGUGUGAGUGUACUGUAGUGUGAGCGUACGUCAUACCGUAUAUAGUGUGAGCGUACGCCAUACUGUAUGUAGUGAGUGUACUGUAGUGUGAGCGUACGUCAUACCGUAUAUAGUGUGAGCGUACGCCAUACUGUAUGUAGUGGGAGUGUACGCCAUACUGUAUGUAGUGCGAGUGUACUGUAGUGUGAGCGUACGUUAUACCGUAUAUAGUGUGAGCGUACGCCAUACUGUAUGUAGUGGGAGUGUACGCCAUACUGUAUGUAGUGCGAGUGUACUGUAGUGUGAGCGUACGUUAUACCGUAUAUAGUGUGAGCGUACGCCAUACUGUAUGUAGUGGGAGUGUACGCCAUACUGUAUGUAGUGCGAGUGUACUGUAGUGUGAGCGUACGUUAUACCGUAUAUAGCGUGAGCGUACGCCAUACUGUAUGUAGUAUGAGCGUACGUCAUACUGUAUGUAGUGUGAGCGUACGCCAUACUGUAUGUAGUGUAGGUGGGUAUACUAUGCCAUACAGAAUGGAGCUCACGCGGACUGCUUACUGUAGUCGGACGUACCUGUAGCGUCUCGUAACUCAUGGUAUCUUAUGAAUAUCCACGUAAUGUAAUGUCGGUAUAUACUACGUAGCGCUGUCACUAAGACGAGUACAACUGUCUAGUUUAGUAUACGUAGGCCGCGGCCUCCUCAUGUAUUGUACUUCGAGUUCCAGCAGCUAUAAUAUUACUAGUACGCAUUACAUACGCGAUAUCUUUCGAAAUGUAGCUAGAGAGUGAUGUAUUGAAUACGCCUGCCUUAUCUACCUUAUUUUAGUGAAAAUGCAUUAAAGGAAGAAAAAACAAAAAUAUAUAAAUACAAUAUGUCCAAGAGCGCAGUACAGUGGGACGUGAUGUGUGGCUGUACUAACCUCUGGUGGCGGCUUGUACUAAUAAUAUUAUACCGAGUCGUGUACAAAUAUACUAGGAUCAUGUCCACGACGAUGAGUUUCUAAACAUUGUCCAGCUAGACAGGGCGAGCGCUGCCUCGACAUGAUCCUGUGCUAACCAACACUAUCAUGUACAGAGUUCGCCAGAUAUGUAAGCUUGUUGUAUAUUGUGGGUUAAUGUUCUCUAGACAAUCGCCAUCAUAUACAGGCAGCAAGCGUGGGAAGUAAAUGAUUGCUAUCAAAAAUGAAAAUUAGCUACAAAGUGAAUAUAUUUGUAAGUAAGUGAGUGAAUGUAUUCCAGUCGGAACGAUAUAUUUAUUGACGGACUCUCCACUCGCGGGUUGUUGUUUCAAGACUCCGGGUCGAGGUACAAACUGUUUAAUGAACUGAAGUAUAUUUAUGUAUAUAUUGUAGUUGGAGUGAUGACAGGGCGAGACGGCGCGGACCGACCGAUGACGUCCAGUCGACGAGGACUGUUCAUGAAUCAAAAGUUGCCUAGCAUCGUUAGGUCGUCUACGCAGACACGUGCGAGGCUCGCCUCUUAGUGACGCGAUCAUAUUUAUUAUAUUUAUUGAUCUAUUGACUGUUAUGUUUUGAUUUGUUAGUCAAACUCGUAGAAUCAUGUGAAGUGUAUGGUUAACUUGUUACAUUGUGCAGUACAAACAUUGUCGACUUAGUAUAAGGUAGGUUACGGGUUCGCGUAGCGCGGGCAGUGUCGGGAGCGCAUCGACUGUGAUUAACUCGUACUCGUAGAUUAUAAAUACAUAGAUAGCUGAUAUAUUUUCCUACAGUUCAGUUUCUGUGAUUAAAUUAUAGUACCUACAGAUGUUAAUAAGUCCGUGAAAUUAUCAGCUCGAAGUAGAGACAGCAAGGUACUGUGCACAUCGGGUCACAAUAUCCGUGUGAACUAUUGUUUAUGUACCGGUGACUAGAGUUGCCCAGUGACACGGCUUUUCGUGAUAUUCUGACGAUUGUAUUAGUUACAAUAGUACACUGACUAAACGGAGGAGACAUAACUAUUAUAUUAUUAUGUUCAUAUGUAAUAUGUAACGGUUACAAUCUGUACACUACGCGGUAAAUACCUGCUACGGUACCAGUACUCUAGAUUGGAAUAAUUAAUGAUUAAAAAGUAAAUGUUAAGUGAUUCCUUGCUCCUUUGUUUUUGAUUGAUUUAGUUUAUGGUAUGCCUUAGAUAUACUGUAUGAUUUUAUUACUGACCUAGAUUGAAUUAGUGUUUAGUAAAUUUUGUUGAUAUUUCUGCAGCAUUUUGUUAGCGUGUCUCGCAUGCUUAGCUAAUUAUACAAUGUGUUCCUAUACAGUAUGUUAUUGUUUCGUUAAGUUUGUCGCGACUACGUGUACCUAUCGCACUCUCACUCCGCGUUCGACUCCCUGGCCACUAAUACUACGGUACCGUGUUACGUUGACUCUAGUAUAAUCGAGUGCUUUACCUAGCAAUAAUUUGUUAACGUAAGUGUAAUGCGCCGGCCACGACAUAUCGUAGUUUUGUUUAUGUCCGGUGGAUAGACUGCGGCGAUACUGUCGUGUGAGCCGUCGGUCAUAUGUAGCCUGUUCUAAUUGUUUCUGUUCUGUAGUAGAAAAUAAGAGUGGCGACAUGUCCGAGCGCUCGAGCGAUGCCCCAGCACUAGAUCGUCAUGCUCACUAUAUGUCUCCGCGGGCCGCUCGGCGCUCGGCCGCGCCGCCGUAGUGCGAGUAGAGUUGACUCGCGUAGCGCGCGACAUCACAAGCGCCGUGACGCGGCGGACAGUAGUGCGCGGGCGGAGCGGCCACGGGCGCCUGUGUGCCACUCGCUCGUCGGUUGGUACAUGAUCGUGUCCGAACGUGUGGUGGUAUCCGUUUGCAUAUUACUCUUUGUGAGUGUUCCCUACAUGUGUAAACUUGAUACAUUUUGUAUUAUUUAUAUUGCAAUUAUUUAAUUAGACGAUCGAGUUCGGCCGCCAUCUUGUAUACAAGUAUAACAUAACGAUAACGCCAAUGUUUUGAUAAAAAAGUUAAAUAAAUAAAAUAAGAUAAAAUAAAAAAAUAUAUUACAUAACGAGUGAACUAAACGAUGUACGAAAUUAGGUUAAAAUAAAAAUAUGUCUGGUGCGGCGAGUCGCUCGUAUUUGUAUGAGUAGUAAGGUUGAUGGUCGCGUGGCUACGGAAGUAUGCAUUUAUCGAGUAGGCUGCCUGGCCCGGUGCGAGCGCCUGGCCGCGCCGGCUGUAGCGUAGACUUGUUUGUAUAUCUGUGUAUGUAAGUACGUAGCAUAAUGUUAGUGUAAUCCAUUGUACAUAGCGUCUGCGGACGACACACAUGUACAUACACGCUUGUAUAUACCAUGUAAAUACACUCGAGAUAUAUAUUUAAUAUUAAUAUAAAUUUGAUUUAAAGAACGUUUUAAAAAUAAAUUAAUAAAAAACACAAAAAAAUAAAUAAAGACAUACAGUGAGUAUGAAGUGGAAAAAGCGAUUUUGACUUUUAUUUACCUACCAAAAAAUCCCCCCAGAACCAGUUUAACUUACUAAAAUGGGACGGCAAACAUACAUGAAAUUCUGCUGUCACGAAGUGGAAGUAGGCAUUUUGAUGUACAUUCCUCCGUCAAAGAAUUUUUAUACAUUCUGUUCGCGUCUGAAGCAAGAGUUACUUUACUUUUAAUUAAAGUGAUGACGUCACUACGCUUCGGCGCGAGAUUAGAACCAAGACUUGAAUAAGCCGUGAAACUGAAAAUUAUUGAUAACGAGUGUUGUGCACAAUUACUACCCCGGUGGCUGCUGUGGCUACUGGGGCAGGUUCUUGGCUGUUGCAUAAACUGAUCGAUUCGAUUCGAUCCGAACUCAACUGCUAAAAAAAUAUAGUAAUAUGCUAUUUUUUAUGGAGUAGGAGGUAAAUGAGCAGACGGAUCACCUGAUGGUAAGCGAACAGCGCCCGCAACCGCAACACCAGAGGAGUUACAGGUGCAUUGUCGGCCUCUUAAAUUUCAUUUUGUCUUUUUGUUAUAAUGUAUUAUUGUUGUAUUAGUAGCCG